ACGGCAUUCUCCUCGUCGGGAUAUUUCGAUCUUUCUCUUCCUAAGAACUCCGUCUUUGUUUGUUAUUGAAGCACAUGUUCCUCUGUGAAAUAUGUCUUUCUUUGCUAGCUAAUUGAAGAGAACAUGUAAAAAUAUGAUGAUGCUAUGCAUUCUUUUCCGACUGGGGCCAACAAUUCCUUUUUGUAAUGGAAGUUCUCUUCUCCCUUCUGGACAACGCAGGCGCACUACUGUUUAUGCAUUGCGUCAUUCGGAAGAAAUUAUAAGCUCUUUUUAUCCAUGUCAACUUUAUUUCAGCACGAGCAUAUUUAUUAUCUCGAUUUCACCAAAAUAGUGGCGGAGGGAAAGCAAAAGCAUAAAAACCCCUCGUAGUGGUGGAUCGGAGUGGCAUCGAGCCGGCAGUUCCACCCCUCGUAGUGCCGAAUCGCUGAUAAUCUCCUCAAACAGGCGAGUUCUCUCUUUCCAUCGCAUGCCCCGUUUACUGCCCCGUCACCUGCGAUUUUGCAAGGGAGUAGGAGCUUCUCAAGCUACUUAGGUCAUCCAAGAUGGUGGCUGUUGCUUCCUAUCAUUAGUAUUACGCCGAGCUGAGAAUGAAACGGGGCAGGUGUUUUGGUGCUAGUUUGUGCAGUAAUAGACGAGAUAGGUGACUGAAUAUGAAUUCACGCUCGUGGUGAUUGGAAUGCUUGUUCUUAUUGAAUUUCAUUUAAUUCUUGAGCUACGGGUGUUGAAUAGGAAAGAUUGAGCGGCGGCCUAAGUGAUCGGUCGGAAUUUUGCUUGAAUCGCACCAGCUUGAAGCCUUUCGUUGCUUGUAGGAGCUCAGUUGGAGCAGCCAUGCGAGUAAUAGUAGCUUCUGAUGCAGCUCAAGGGCUCUUUUGAUACCGAAGGAAAAUUGUGGUGUUUUUGAGAGUGUAUGUGUAAGCUAGGUUGUCGAGUAGUAGUGAGAGGUGCGAGCUACUGCUGGUUUAAGAUGUGGCAGAUGCUCUGAUUCUGGAUGAAGGUUUUUUUCAGUGGAUUGGUCCUCUGCUGCUGGAAGUUCUUUCUCAAGCAUGGAUAAGCGGCCUGCUGGCACAGCGUCUUCUUCUCUUCGGAGAUAUAGGAAUGACCAUUCUCAGAUUUUAUCAUCAAAUCCUGCCCAAUUAGACAAGCAGUUCCAGAAGAUUUCUUUAAGUCUUCCCGCUCCGAGGCAGGAAACUUUGUCGAGACACUCAAUUUUAGGCCCCAACGGUCUUCGGAGCCAGUGGCGAGGACCUAGUGCAGAUAUAAAGGUUCACUAUCCAAGCAGUCUAGACUUUACUUCUAAAGAAGAUUCAUGCAAUAGCCUUGGUCAGCCCGAUUCCAUGGCUAUGAGAGAUGCUGGUCAAGGAGCUGCAAGAACAGCAAUGGAGUCUGUCCUUUCCUUGGAUGAUGGAAAGUGGUCACAUCCUGCUGAAGAAUCCUUACCUGCACUAAUCAAUGAAGUGCAGGAAGAUCCUUUCAAGCUUGUCAGCAUCAAGCAACCUUCUCCUCCUCCUUUUCUUGCACGGUUGCAGCAAGGAUCUGCUCCUAUUCCUCCAUCUCAAGUGGCAGACCCGAGACCUGGGCCUGCAAAACCUUUUCAGCAUACUCCAGAUUCCUACCAGCAUUUACAUGUUCCUGUGAAUAUGAUGGAAGAUUUCUUGAGGUUAGCCCGUGCAAACACAGCAAAAAACUUGGAAACUUGUGGGGUCCUUGCAGGUUCAUUGAAAAACAGGGUUUUCCACAUCACCACACUUAUUAUUCCAAAGCAAGAGUCAACCUCAGAUUCGUGUCAGACAUUAAAUGAAGAAGAAAUUUUUGAAAUUCAAGAUACUAUACUUUUCCCUCUCGGAUGGAUUCGUACCCACCCUUCACAGACCUGCUUCAUGUCAUCAGUCGAUCUGCACACACAUUAUUCUUAUCAGAUCAUGUUACCAGAAGCAGUUGCCAUCGUAAUGGCGCCAACAGAUACAUCCAGCCCCCAUGGAAUUUUCCAUCUCUCCGAUCCAAGUGGUGUGAAUGUGAUUUGUAAUUGUCAGGAACGCGGGUUUCACCCAUACGAGGAGCCCUCGGACGGGAGCCCAAUUUACGAGCACUGUUCCCAUGUGUAUAUGAACUCCAAGUUGAAGUUCGAAAUUGUUGAUCUCUGGUAAUGCCAGAGAAUUUUCACCUUGUAUGGAGCGGUUGCGGAACACGCUCUAUGCAGGAAAGAUUCGGGAACAAUUUCCCUUUCCUAAGUGAGUGUAAAUGUUAUAAUCUUGUAUUUUUAACAGUACAUAGAGGAAAAUGAAAUAGAGGAACUACGUCGGCUUAAUUUUCAUUU